CAGAAUUAACGAUUUCUCUCAGCUCGCCGCCGCUGCUCUCUCUUCUCCUUCUAUUCCAGUCCUUCGCGAAGCAGCGCCGCUGGCCGUUCACUGAUUCAAAUGACAGAAGCCAAAGCAGUAGUGGGUCUCUCAUGGGAACCAAACAUUCCGAACUUUUCAGCAAAAACUGGACUUAAAGUCGAUGCUAAACCCCAAGAAACCAAUCACCGUUGGAAACCCGCCUCCCAGCUUGUGGAUGGCCUCUUUGUGCCACCCAAUAACCCGAAAACACUGAACAAGUUGCAGAGGAAGCAACUCAAAGACACUACUGGCUCCAAUUGGUUUGACAUGCCUGCGCCGACUAUGACCCCGGAGUUGCAGAAAGAUCUCAAGUUGCUCAAGUUAAGGAGUGUCAUGGAUCCAAAAAGACAUUACAAGAAGGGUGAUUCGCAAACUGCCAAGUAUUUCCAGGUGGGAACAGUGGUAGAGUCGGCAUCAGAUUUCUUCUCGGGUAGACUAACAAAGAAGGAAAGGAAGGCAACUGUUGCCGAGGAGCUGCUUUCUGAUCCUGUGCUUGCGACCUACAGGAAGCGGAAGGUUCGUGAGAUUGAAGAGAAGAAUCGACCAGCUGAUAAUGAAAAAUGGAAGAAUAAAGGGAAGACGUCCUAUAAGCGUGCAAAGCAAAGAAGGCACUAAUGUAUCUCAAAUUUACCAGAUUUUGGAAUUUAUCGAGAGAUUUUGUGACCCGAACAGACACUUGCAGUUGAAAGCUUGUAUGGACUAGCAUUUAAGUUGUAAUGAUCAUAUGUGUGAUUCAAUUGCCAUUACCAACCUAUUGCACUCUUGGUUCUAUACAAGAGGAAAUUUCUGGCUGGAGGGAGAAAUCCUGCGACAGUCGUAGGCUUGGUGAAGGCACAUGGUCAUGCAUCUUUUUAGCCUAAAGUGAUUUCACUAGAAUGUGUGCAAUUGGUCACUAGACAACAAUUUCUUUUCUUAAAAAUUAGAUUUUGUUGGUUGAGUUGGGUAACCAGUUUUAUAA